GACUGAUUUAACGUUUUGAUUAACGGCAGACUAAUCUGAAAUAUCCUUUGCUUAACGCAAGAUUUUCUCUUUUGUUCACCUUCAGCACCUAGAACAGAGCUCAGCAUGUGCUACGCACUCAAUGAAUAUUUGCUGAAAGAAUUACCUCUGUUAAAAACCUAGCUAACAAACAGUGGUAAAGGGACAUCUAGUGAGGAUUCAGUGAUAACUGAAUAGCCUCGGGAGCAGGACUGACAGUGCAAGAAAUCCUUACCUUUACCAAUGCUCUCAGCUCCGGUCUGUCUUCCAGCAAGAGUUCUCAGCUAGAGAGAGCUCAAGACCGUCCGCCCUGGGUUUGCAGACUUGCAAACUACUGCCUUGACUGUGGGGGCCCUUCUUAAGGAAUAUACGUAUUUAGCCAAUUCAGACUGCACUGGGCAUCUAUUUUUUUUUUUUUUUUUGGAAAAUUCUCUAAUUACAGUCACUAUAACAGAUCUGUUAAAGGUGGUUUCAUGAUUAAUGAUUACCUGAGGUUACCACCCUCAAACUAUUAAGCCCUUGAAAAUGUCCUUAGCUAGAUCAUUAAUACUCAUGUAUCAGACCCUCGUUCCCCUGAAUACCUGCAAUAUUGAAGACUAGUUUUCAGCUGCUCUGGGGCUGUGUCCAUUUCAUCAGUAACUCUGCAGAUGCUGGGAAUGGGCACGACUCCAUGGGCAACCCAUGUCCAGUUGUCCAAGUCCUCUAACCUGUGGCUAGCUCUCUUGCUUGCUCGUUGGCGCCCACCAAGAACCCCCGCCCGUCUUUUCGCCCAAAUCGUUUCAAACAAAGUCCCCUCCUGCCACCUGCCGGCCCACUAGGGUCUGCGCCACAGGCUCGUCACCGCGCAGCUCGCGGGGAGGCGGCCCCCACCUCGCUACUGCACAUGCCCGGCAGAAGUCCGGGCGCGCAACUUCGCCGAACCUCACCGCCCCAGCUCUCUCGCCUCAGUCUCCUCUUUCCUCUCCCAGGCGAGAGGACCAGCGGAGGCACCUCUCCCCGAGUCUUAGACUGCAGAGUCUGAGACUCACCGAGAGGAGCCCCGGAGGAGAUAGACUUUUUCUCCCCUUUCUCAUUCCUUCUUUUUGCUCAGAGGCAAGCAGAGGCGCGGAGCUUUAGAAAGUUCUUAAGUGGUCAGGAAGGUAGCUGCUAACCUUUUUCUCCUCGCGCCGAGGUGGGGCUGGGACCUCUGGACCCAGCUUCUUACCUCACAAGGUGCACCUUUUCCGGCUCCAGCAGCCAAUGCGCAUCGGAGCCGCUCUCUGCAGAGCCAGAGGGCAGGUCGGCUUUUCGGUGUGCGCCUAAGAGGAUGGAUCGGAGGUCCCGGGCUCAGCAGUGGCGCCGAGCUCGCCAAAAUCACCACGACUUGUGUCCGCCCAUAGGCCGCCGGACAGCCGCCGCGCUCCUCUGGCUCUCCUGCUCCAUCGCGCUCCUCCGCGCCCUUGCCGCCUCCCACGCCCGCGCCCAGCAGCAGCGCGCGGCUGCCCAACAGCGCCGGAGCUUCCUUAACGCCCAUCACCGCUCCGACGCCCCGGUAUUCCCCGAGACCCCUGAGUCCGAAUCUGACUACGAGCUCGAGGAGGCAGACCUUGACCUGUCCCUCCCUGAGUGCCCAGAGUACGAGGACGACUUCGAGUACGAGUUCGAGUCUGAUAACGACUUCGAGGACGACUUCGACUCCGACUUUGACACCGAGUCUGAUUCCGCUCCCACCACUGAGCCCGAGACCGAGCCGGAAGACGACCGCGGCCCCGUGGUGCCCGAGCAGUCCACCUCGACUCAAUCUUUCACCCAGCGUCUGUACGCUCUGAAGUUGCGAAGCCCCGACGCCUCCCCAAGCCGAGCGCCGCCCAGCACUCAGGAGCCCGAGAGCCCCAGGGAGGGGGAGGAGCCCGAGCCAGAGCCCAAGAACGAGGAUCUGAAGAACCCCGAAGAGUCUGAGGAGUCCAAGAAGGAGAAGCAGCAGCAGCGCCGCUGCAAGCCGAAGAAGUCCACCCGCCGCGACCCGACUCCCCCGGAGUCCCCUUCCAAAAGGGGACCCAUCCCCAUCCGGCGUCACUAAUGGACGACUCCGUCCAGAUUCUCCUUGUUUUCAUGGGUCCAG